UAUUAUGCAAGAAUUAGAGGUGGGCGUUUAACUUAGUCGUUAUCAUGCCUGUUGUCUGCUUUUCCCUUUUGGAGUUCCUGGUUCUCUGCCUCUUGCUGCUGAGUCCAGUGUCCAGGUCCUGCUGGCCCUGGGAGGCACCUGUGACUGCGUUAGUUGCUAGGUUAUCAUCACCCACAUGGGACACCUGCAUUGAAAUCCUGGUUCCCGGUUUUGGCUUCGCUGUUCGGGGCAUUUGAGGAGUGAACCAGCAAGCAAAUUUACAGAGAGAAGAGGCAGAAAGAUCUUCUGUCCACUAGUUUGCUGCUUAAAUAGCUAUAAUGACCAUGGUUCUGCCAGUUUGAAGCCAGGAGCCUGGGACUUCCUCUGUGUCUCCCAGAUACCAAGUUUCGCUAGUAGAAACAUAGAAAUAAUUAACCUGAAGUCUCAAUGUAUGAACAGUAACAAUGAUGACAGAUAAAUACAGAUGCUUGGAAUUCAAAUACUAGUCGAAACACUUUUAAAAAGUAUUACCAGGCUUUUGAGAAGCACAUAUACAGGAUCCUGCCUGUCUUAUUACUGGUAGAACUCAGCUAAAGGUUUUUGAAAGGUUCUAGUAUUCUCCAUGGCUGAAGCUGAGAGCCUGAAACCCUGAUGCUUAAGCUCUAUUCUAGAUCGUAGCUUCAACUCCUUCAGGAUAUAAGGAAAGAGAUAAUAUUUCCACAAUGAUAGAUCUUUGGUAAUACAGGUUUCCCAAUGAGUGGAUCAUGAUGACCGUAAUAUAGGGACUUGCCAUAGUAUGGCUGCUUCCCGAUCUACUCGUGUUACAAGAUCAACAGUGGGGUUAAACGGCUUGGAUGAAUCUUUUUGUGGUAGAACCUUAAGGAAUCGUAGCAUCGCUCACCCUGAAGAAAUCUCUUCUCAUUCUCAAGUACGGUCAAGAUCACCAAAGAAGAGACCAGAACCUGUACAAAUUCAGAAAGGCAACAACAAUGGAAGAAGUGCUGAUUUAAAACAGCAAAGUACUCGGGAAUCAUGGGUAAGCCCUAGGAAAAGAGGACUGUCUUCUUCCGAAAAGGAUAACUUAGAAAGGCAGGCUGUAGAAAAUUGUGAGAGAAAACAAACAGAACCGGUGUCACCAGUUUUUAAAAGAAUUAAACGUUGUCUUAGAUCUGAAGCACCAAACAGUUCAGAGGAAGAUUCACCUAUAAAAUCAGACAAGGAGUUGGUAGAACAGAGGAGUACAGUAGUGGACAAUGAUGCAGAUUUUCAAGGAACUAAACGAGCUUGUCGAUGUCUUAUACUGGAUGAUUGUGAGAAAAGGGAAAUUAAAAAGGUGAAUGUAAGUGAACAGGGGCCACUUAAUUCUGCAAUAGUUGAAGAAAUCACAGGCUAUUUGACUGUCAAUGGUGUCGAUGACAGUGAUUCAGCUCUUAUAAACUGUGAUGACUGUCAGCCUGAUGGGAACACUAAGCAAAAUAGUACCGGUUCCUGUGUGUUGCAGGAAAAAUCAGUAAUUGAAAAUGGGGAUUCAAAUACCAAAACUUCAAUAUUCCUUGAUAGUAGGAAGGAGGACAGUUAUAUAGACCAUAACGUGCUUUGCACAAAUUCAGAAGUGCAGGUCAAGUUGGAGGACCACAAAAUAGUAACUGCUUGCCUGCCUGUGGAACAUGUUAAUCAGCUGACUACUGAGCCAGCUACAGGCCCGGUUUCUGAAAUUCAGUCAUCCGUAAGGGAUUCUGAGGAAGAAGUGGAUGUGGUGGGAGAUAGCAAUGCCUCAAAAGAGCAGUGUAAUGAAAACACCGGUAACGUCCUGAACACAGCUCUUGAAAGUAUGCCGCUGUCUGGAGAACCGGAGCCAUCCUCUGUUCUAGACUGUGUUUCAGCUCAAAUGACGUCUUUAUCAGAACCUCAAGAACAUCGUUAUACCCUGCGAACUUCACCACGAAAGGCAAUACCCAGAGCUAGUCCCACUAAAACCAGUUCUCCUUGCAGAGAAAAUGGACAAUUUGAGGAGAAUAAUCUUAGCCCAACUGAAACAAAUCCAACUGUUAGUGAUAAUGUAAGAGAGUCUCCCACAAAUCCUGAUGAAAUUUCUGAAAACGAAAAGGAUAAAUGUGACUCUCAUAACUGUGGAAGUGAUGGUCUAAGUAAACCACCCUCAGAGGCAAGACUGAAUAUUGGACAUUUGCCGUCUGCCAAAGAGAGUGCCAAUCAGCACAUUACAGAAGAGGAAGAUGAUGAUCCUGAUGUAUAUUACUUUGAAUCAGAUCAUGUGGCACUGAAACACAACAAAGACUAUCAGAGACUGCUACAGACGAUUGCUGUACUUGAGGCUCAGCGUUCACAAGCAGUCCAAGACCUUGAAAGUUUAGGCAAACACCAGAGAGAAGCACUAAAAAAUCCCAUUGGAUUUGUGGAAAAACUUCAGAAGAAGGCUGAUAUAGGGCUUCCAUAUCCACAGAGAGUUGUUCAGUUGCCUGAGAUUGUAUGGGACCAGUAUACAAAUAGCCUUGGGAAUUUUGAAAGAGAAUUUAAAAAUCGUAAAAGGCACACUAGGAGAGUUAAACUAGUUUUUGAUAAAGUAGGUUUACCUGCUAGACCAAGAAGUCCUUUAGAUCCCAAGAAGGAUGGAGAAUCUCUUUCAUACUCUAUGUUGCCUCUGAGUGAUGGUCCAGAAGGCUCAAGCAGUCGUCCUCAGAUGAUAAGAGGCCGCUUGUGUGAUGAUACCAAACCAGAAACAUUUAACCAAUUGUGGACUGUUGAAGAACAGAAAAAACUUGAACAGCUUCUGCUGAAAUACCCUCCUGAAGAAGUAGAAUCUCGACGCUGGCAGAAGAUAGCAGAUGAACUGGGCAACAGGACAGCAAAGCAGGUUGCAAGCCGAGUUCAGAAGUAUUUCAUAAAGCUAACGAAAGCUGGCAUUCCAGUCCCAGGCAGAACACCUAAUUUAUAUAUAUACUCCAAAAAGUCUUCAACAAGCAGAAGACAGCACCCCCUUAAUAAGCAUCUGUUCAAACCUUCCACGUUUAUGACUUCACAUGAACCGCCAGUGUAUAUGGAUGAAGAUGAUGACAGAUCCUGUUUCCAUAGCCACAUGAACACUGCUAUUGAAGAGGAAUCCGAUGAAGAAAGUAUUCCUCUCAUGUAUAGGAAUUUACCUGAAUAUAAAGAACUAUUACAGUUUAAAAAAUUAAAGAAGCAAAAACUUCAGCAAAUGCAGGCUGAAAGUGGAUUUGUGCAGCAUGUUGGCUUCAAGUGUGAUAACUGUGGCAUAGAGCCCAUCCAGGGUGUUCGGUGGCACUGCCAGGAUUGUCCUCCAGAAAUGUCUUUGGAUUUCUGUGAUUCUUGUUCUGACUGCCUACACGAAACAGAUAUCCACAAGGAAGAUCACCAGUUAGAACCUAUUUAUAGGUCAGAGACAUUCUUAGACAGAGACUACUGUGUGUCCCAAGGCACCAGUUAUAAUUACCUUGACCCAAACUACUUUCCCGCCAACAGAUGACAUGGAAGAGAACAUCAUUUACUAGUCCUCCUCAAUACAUAGCAAUGGUAUCAUUGUUAAGUAUGUGCGCAGUUUGGAAAGAUUCUCUGCUUUCCCUGAAAUGACACUCACAGCAUGAGAGCUUCCUGAGUGUUCUCGUCAAGUCAAGCUCUGCACAGUUGUGGCUUUAGAUCACUGUCAGCAGCUGAACAUUCCUGGUGAGCAAAGGGUUUCCUGGUGAGUUUUCACCACCACUUUAAAAGCCUCUUAGGUGAGAUGGAAAGGGGAGCACACAGGAAAGUGAGAGUAAAUUCCAAAGGUUUCAGAGAACUUGGUCAUAAAUAUAAGGAGAAGACAAAGUAUUUAUAUUCAAAACAGUUUAGUAGCUUUCAGUUUUGUGAAAAUAGUUUUCAGCACAGAAACUGACUUCUUUAGACAAAGUUUUAACCAAUGAUGGUGUUUGCUUCUAGGAUAUCCACUUUAAAAGAACUCACUGUCCCAGUGAUGGUCAUUGUUGGCCUUUAGUAAAUUGGAGCUGCUUAACCAUAUUGAUAUAUCUAAUUUCUUUUAACCACAAUGAACUGUCCUUAUUACCAACAGCGAAGCACUACAGGAGGCAACUGUGGCACUGCUUCCUUAACCAGCUCAUGGUGUGUGAAUGUUAUAAAAUUGUCACUCAGAUAUAUUUUUUAAAUGUAAUGUUACAUAAAAUGAUCAUGUGAUGUGUACAAACUACGGUGAAAAGUGCCAGUGGUAGUAACUGUGUAAAGUCUAAUUCACAACAUUAGUUCCUUUAAAAUACACAGCCUUCUGCCUCUGUAUUUGGAGUUGUCAGUACAGCUCAUUCAAAGAAAACUGCCUAAUAUAAAAUCAUAUAUAUGGUAAUAAUUUCCCUCUUUUGUAGUCUGCACAAGAUCCCAUAAAAGAUUGUAUUUUUAUUACUAUUUAAACAAGUGAUUAAAUUUAGUCUGCACAGUGAGCAAGAGUUCACAUGCAUUCUUUUAUACUGCUGGAUUUUGUUGUGUAUCAUUUAAAACGUUUUGUAUGUUCUUAUCUGUACACAGUAUGUUCUUGAAUAAUGUUCAUUUGUCAGGAGAACUGUGAGAAAUAAACUAUGUGGAUACUGUCUGUUUAUAUUAUAGAA